ACUUUGACGUUAAACAAAAAUGGUGCAGUGUUAGCUCGGUGACUUGCGAGGGUUUCUCGGAGAGUUUGCUUUGUUUGCUCACUCCUUAGCAACGAAAACGCGGAAUAACGAUCCUCUGUAGCGCCAUGACAGAAUGGAAAUAAACAAGUUAGACAACGCAUACUUCCUCCAUGGUGUUUGUCGAGAGGGGAACAGGUGCAUGUUCUCACAUGAUCUGCUAACAAGCAAACCUUCAACAAUAUGUAAAUUUUAUCAGAAAGGUGUAUGCGCUUAUGGUGAUCGGUGCAGGUACGACCACAUCAAGCCGGGUGGCCGUGGAGGUGGACCUCCUGUGGAUCACUCAAACAGAGCCAGUACUGCAGGAGCGUCUGUCCUGCCCUCUACGGGACCUGGACCUCCACCAAGCACCACAAGAAUCACCAAGAAACCUAUUGUGUUAAGAGACAGAGCUUUGGCCAGCGACAGUCGAGGGCAGCCGUACAGCGGAGAAAGUGCAGAGCUUCUGGAUUGCUGGGAUUACAGAGAUGCCUCUCAGGUCAAACCUCAUAGCUACCUGGAAGCCAUCCGCUCAGGACUGGAGAGUUCAGCCACCGCCAGCCCGUUCCCUGAUAUAGCCCAUCAGGCCCUGCUUUGCCCUUUUGCGGCAGGGAGCCAAUGUCACUAUGGCGAUACGUGUCCGUAUCUUCAUGGCGACAUGUGUGAAAUUUGCAGGCUGCAGGUUUUGCACCCACACGACCCAGUGCAGAGGGCAGCACAUGAGAAGGUGUGUAUGAGUGCAUUUGAGAAGGACAUGGAGCAGGCAUUUGCAGUGCAGCAGAGCCAGGACAAGGUGUGCAGUAUCUGCAUGGAGGUGGUGUACGAGAAGGCGUCUCCGUCCGAGCGCCGCUUCGGCAUCCUGUCCAGCUGCUGUCACACCUACUGCCUCGGCUGCAUCCGGCAGUGGCGCUGUGCCAAGCAGUUUGACAACAAGAUCAUCAAGUCUUGUCCAGAGUGCCGGGUUGUGUCUGAGUUUGUUAUUCCCAGCAUGUACUGGGUGGAAGAUCAGGAGGAAAAAAAUCGCCUCAUCGAGGAGUUCAAAUGUGGAGUCAGUAAAAAACCCUGCAAGUAUUUUGACCAAGGAAGAGGAACAUGUCCAUUUGGAGGGAAGUGUUUUUACAUGCACGCUUACCCUGAUGGAACACGGGCUGAACCGGACAAACCGCGAAAGCAGCUCGGCUCUGAAGGAAACGUUCGGUUCUUGAACUCUGUACGACUGUGGGACUUCAUUGAGGAACGAGAGCAUCGUGGGGUUCCGCACUUUGAUGACGAGGUCAACGACCUGGGCGAGCUCUUCAUGCAGCUCUCUGGAGCUGGAGAAGAAAGUGGAACAUCAGCAUCACACUGAUCUCUAUAUAAUACACCGACUCAAGACCUGUAGGCCAGCCAUGGCAAGCCAUGGUUUCAUAACUUUGGUAACUGUGUAUGUAAUCUGGGCAAUAAAAAUGUACUCACUGGUAAACA